AAUUCUCAGUAAAGACUCCAUGGAGCUCGUAAAAUUGAUGAUGACUGCCAAAAAGGGUGACAGGAAGUGAAAAACAAAGCAAAAGUCUGUGAAAAAGUGCAUUAGAAAUGUACAAUUUCAACGGGGAUUUCCGGAGGCGUCCUGAGCAAAAUUUCAGUGGGCAAUCACGAAAGCCAGAUCGUGAGUCCGUGAUUAGGAAGGCUCAGUUGGAACGCUUGAAGAGAGAGGAGGCUCGAUUACAGGAGACAAGUGCUUUUGUCAUUCAAUCCUUCUUCCGGAGCUGCCACCAGAGGCAGACAGUCAAAGCAAUUGAACGGGGUAACUUCGAUGCCUACAGCCCUGCUCAAAAUGCCCAAGUGUCCGUACAGCAGCUGGAUUAUCUGCUCAAAAGAUUCAUUUUCUUCUAUGAUCACUCAAGGACUGACGAUGGUCAGAGAUUGCUGAAAAUCUGCGAAUUAGUGAUUCAGGAUGCUGAAACCGUAUGCCACAAUGUUUUGCGUCAUACCAUUUGGAAGUAUCGUCUUCAGAGGCUUCUCCACAUUGCUCUCAGACAAUUGCAUGCAUCCCUCAAUCCCCCACCCAUUUUGCUCCAGAUCUAUGAGAUCUUCAUCGUCAACGAGUCUCCAGCGCCAUGGCAUCAGAUUGUCGUGGAGAUCCUCAAGUAUCUGCUACAGAGAAAUUUCUUUCUCUACUUGAGAGCUAUUAUUGAUGGGCAGAGUGGCUUAAUUCCCACAAAUCCUGCAGAUAUCUCACCCAAUUUACCCUGUUUUCGAUACCUCCAGCUCACCAUGAAGCCUCUGUAUCUCAUUCAGUAUGCAGAGGAUGAGAAUUUCAGUGUUUCUGUUCUAUACAACUUCCUGAGGCACAUUCUUAGUCCAGAAUUGACGAGAUCUAGCAAAAUCCUCCUGCUUCCGUACAUUGUCACCUGCAAGAGAUUUCCCUACAUGAAGUUCCUCACAUAUCUUUCAUCUCUAUCGUCAUCUGAGGAGAGUAAUCAACUUUUUGGUAGUUCACUCCUCUAUUCCCUCCUCUACAUCGAUCGUCACUACCUGGAUCUAGUGAAGAAUGACGAGACAAAGUCACAUUACCUCAAGAGUCUCUCCCAGAUUCUCAAUUGCAGCGUCCGGCAUUUUGCCGAGAAGCGCCUUGAGGGUCAGAUGGAGAGUCAGAGUGAUAGUGACGAUGAGGAGAAUAUCUCAGUGGCAAUGACGGAAGUCACUGUGGAGGAGGAUGCUCUGAGGGAGAGUGUAAAAAUUUUAGGAGAUUCUCGACAUCUCAAUAAAAUUGCCGAAUUUGUUGAUACUCUCGUGGAUGAUCAUGAAGCCAUUUCUGCCACAUGUCACAUCUGCAAUAGUCUAAUGGUGUACGGGAGACUCUCCUCCACUGGAUCCAGUCACCUACUCCUGCGCAUUCUGGCUGAAAGAUCAAAGUUCAUUCGUGGCAUUUGGGCUAGUGUUGAACUGCUGAGCCGGAAUCUUUCCAGCUCCUUCACAAGCGCCAUUGUCCGAUGUGCAGACACCUCAGUUCCCCUCCUGACCACCUUCUGUACCCUCCUGAGCCAGAAGAUCUCCACCCUUCACGAUGAAGAAUUCAUUGCUGGCCACGAACUCAACAGUUCCAUGCCCUUCAACAUUGGCCAAAUCAUCGAAGUGAGCUACAGACUGACCAUUCUCUGCUUAGAGCUCAUCGAUCUAGCCUUUCCAGAAACCAAGAUCACCCUCAAGAACAACUACAAACCCAUCAUUGAUCCCUCUGGUCAGAAUAUCAGUGAGACGACAAUGGAACUGGAGAGGGAUACAAAAUGGCGACACAUCUUCAAGGUCUGUGUGACUCUUCUCAGACAAAUCUAUAACAGGGAUCUUCGGCUGUCCUUCUGCCCGCCAAAUCACUGGGAAAUACCCUCAUUCAAUCUCGUAAUGGAUAAAAGUGCCAAUAUUUUCUACCUCCAGCACAGUGUCCAGGAUGAUCUCAUUUCUCUCAGUGCUCCUGCUGCAGAGUCCACAAGUGAUCAGAUGCCAGCGAUGACAGACAAUGGAGGAAUUCCCAUGACAGCCAAACAAAUCAGAUCCAUCAAAAUCCUCAAGGAGAUUCCCUUCACAAUCUCCUUCAACAGUCGCGUUGUUAUGUUCCAAGAAUUGCUCUCAGUUGACAAAAUCAGAGCUCAACGAGAGCCUCAUAGAUUUUUCGUGGAGCCUCUUGUGCACAUAACUGUUAGACGAUCUCAUCUUUACGAGGACUCCUUCAAUAAAUUAUCCUAUGAAAAUGAACCGGAUUUCCAUGGAAAAUUCAAGGUGCAGAUGAUAAAUGCAGCGGGAUUAGAGGAAGUUGGGAUAGACGGUGGUGGAAUUUUUAGGGAGUUUCUCUCUGAGCUGCUCAAGACAGCUUUUGAUCCCCAUCGUGGCUUCUUCAUGAUCACCACUGACAACAAACUCUAUCCUAAUCCCGGAGCUGCCAAGAUCGUUGAGGACUUCCGGGAACAUUACUAUUUCAUUGGGAGGAUACUGGGAAAGGCUCUGUAUGAGAAUUUAUUGGUAGAAGUUCCACUUGCGGAUUUCUUUCUCUCCAAAUUGGUCAGCAAGUACUCCGAUGUGGAUAUCAAUCAACUGGCUUCCCUGGAUCCUGUGCUGCACCGGAAUCUUCUGUCUCUGAAGGCUUUCGAUGGGGACGUGAGUGAACUUGGGUUGGACUUUACGGUGGUUUGUGAGGAAUUGGGAGAGACGAGAGUGGUGGAAUUGAAGCCAAAUGGGAACAAUAUUAGCGUGUCGAAUCACAAUAGGAUGGAAUAUAUUCAUCUGAUGGCCGAUUAUAAGCUAAACAGACAGAUCCGACCUCAGUGUCUGGCCUUCAGGGAGGGCCUGCAAAAUGUCAUUCCCACAGAAUGGCUGUCGAUAUUCAGCAACAAGGAACUGCAGCUGCUCAUAUCUGGAGCUGAGCAUUCAAUCUGUGUGGAGGAUCUCAAGUGUCACACGAAAUACGGAGGAAAUUACACUGCGGACCAUCCUACAAUUAAAAUCUUCUGGCAAGUCAUUGAGAGUUUCACGGAUAUACAGAAAAGGCAAUUUUUGAAAUUUGUCACGAGCUGUUCGAGGCCACCGCUCCUGGGAUUCCGGGUAAGAUGCUCCGCAAACAAAGAAAAUCCUAAAGAUUUCUACCAAAUUCAAUUUCUUUUUCAGGACCUCGAUCCUCCCUUCUGCAUUCAGGAUGCUGUGAACACAGAGAGACUCCCCUCGGCUAGUACGUGUCUAAACCUACUCAAACUGCCCCCAUUCCAGAACGAGGAGACUCUCCGGAUCAAAUUACUUUAUGCUAUUGAUAGUGGUUCUGGCUUUGAACUAAGUUAACUUAUUCGUGUAAUUCUCACGCAAGAUUGUACCUAUUACUUUAUUUGGAAGGAUUAUACAAUAAAAUAUCGUGAAAUCUCUCUGGGAA